AUGAAAAUAAGAUAUGAUGACAAGUUCUGCAGCACAAAAGACCUAAACUACUUUUUUAAUUUAAAAUUAGGUUUUUUUGUUUGUUAUAAAAAUCAUAAUGAUAAUUAUUCGUUUAAAAAUAAUAUCGUACAAAAAAAUGAGACUAUAUUAUUUUUCAAGAAAAAAAAAAAAUUCAUGUAUGUCAGAAAAAAAAAAAAAAGGAAAAAAAAAAAAAAAAAAAUCCGCAUCCAUACUUUACAAGAAUAUAAUAAAUAUAAUUCAAAUAUAGAAUGUAAUGAACUAUUCAAUAAAAAAUCAGAAAAAAAUAAAAACCAAAAGAAACAUGUAUAUAAUACUCAGCAUACAAAUCAAAAUGGAAGAUCCAAUGAAUAUGAUUAUGAUGAUAUUAAUGAUGAUUCUUAUAUUAGUUAUGUAAACAAAAAUAAUUUUUUUAGAAUAUCGUCUUAUUUGAUAUUAAAUAAUGAAUUUUUUGGAUAUCCCCUUCAAUAUGUAUGUGAAUCUGAAGGGAGAAGUAGGAACCAUAAACAUGAUAAGACUGACAAAUGUGAUAGGGAUAUGAAUGACAAAGGUGAUAAUAAUAUGAAUGACAAAUGUGAUAAUAAUAUUAAUGACAAAUGUGAUAAUAAUAUUAAUGACAAAUGUGAUAGUCAUAUUAGUGACAAAUGUGAUAGUCAUAUGAAUGACCAAAGUAGGAAAAAGAAAAAACUUAAUAAGCUAUAUAAAACCAUAUUAACAAAAAAAAAAAAAAAAAAAAUGAACCAUAAUUUAUGCAUUAUAAAUAAAAGAUACAAGUAUCCUAUAAAAUAUUGUCAAUUAAAUUCUGGAGCGUUUGUAUUUUUUAUAAUUAAAAAUGUAGGUGUGAAUAAAAUAACAUAUUAUUCUUAUUGUAAAUUAUUUUCAAAAGAUGGUAUUUUAAAUCAAGGAAUUCAAAUAUGCAAACUUUAUCAUGUGAGUAAAAAAAAAAAAAUUAAACAAAUUAUUUUUGAAGCCUUGAAAAAUAAAAUAGCUUUUUUAUAUGAUAACAAUCCACAUAAUAUCAAUAAAAAAAUUUACAAAUAUUUAAAAAAAAAUUGUGCUUAUCACGAUCUUAUAGAAUUAUUUAAUUUUAAGCGGCACAAACAAAGAGAUAAAAAGGACAAAAAAUUAAAUAUGAAAAAAAAAAACUUGGAAAUGCACAAAAUGAAAUGGCACUAUUAUAAGAAAUAUAAAAAUAAAAUGGAAACUUAUACAAAUAAAAAAAAUAAUAAAAAAAAUAAUAAUAAUAAUAAUAAUUGUUAUAAUUGUAGUAAGGUUAAUUAUUGUGAUGAUGCACUUGAUUCAUAUUAUAAUAAUAAAGAUUAUAAGUAUGAACCAUCCAAGGAGCAUACAUAUAUCAAGAUACUUGAAAAUAAAAAAGAGGAGCAUCACAUAGAAGAUACACAUCUGAAUUAUAAUAAUCUGGAAGAUCAAAACUUUUAUGAAGAAUUAUAUAAAUGUAAAUAUAUUGAAAAAUAUAUAUCCUCUAUAAAUUAUUUUUUAUUGAAGAAACGUAGAAAAUUUAAUAAAUAUAUGCAACAAGUAUUAAAUAUUAACAAUAUUAACAAUAAUAAUAAUAAUAAUAAUAAUAAUAAUUCUCAUUAUUAUUAUAAUGAUGAUAAUAUUUUUAGUGGGGGUAACUCUUAUAAGGGGGAAGAAUAUCAUAUACCCCAUAUAAGGAAUAAUAAUACAAAUAUGGAAUUUAUUAAGAAAAGAAUAAAUAACAUAAAUAUUAAAGACAAUAUUAGAAAUAAUAAAAUUUACAAAUAUUUUAAUAAAAAUAAAUUCAAAUGUAGUAAAUAUUAUUCUUUUAAAAAUUAUAAUGUAUGUAAAAAUAUUAUAGAAAAAUAUAAACUUUAUAAUUUUUUAAAAAAAAAAAAAAUUGAAGGAUAUAUGAUUUUGAAUUUCCUUCAUUUUAAUAAAGAAUUAAUAUAUUAUAAUGAACAUACAAGAGAUAUGUCUACAUUACAUGAUAAUAUAUUUGAUAAAAUUUGCAAUGAUGAAAAUGCAAAUGAAAAUGAAAAUAUAAAUGCAAAUAUAAAUGCAAAUAUAAAUGUCAAUAUAAAUGUCAAUAUAAAUGUCAAUAAUAAUAAUAUUUUUAAUAAUAAUAAUAUUUGUAAUAAUAAUUAUGACUGGUUUUUUAAUUCCUUCGAUUAUGUAGGUAAUCUAGAGGAAUCGUUAAAAUGUUUCAAUGAAUACAAAAAAAAAGAUAAAAUUAAAAGAAAAAAAAAAAAAAAAAAAAAAAAUUUAUUUUCUAAGGAACAUAUUAUAAAAGAUAACAAAAAAGAAUCCAAAUUAAAUAAUCUUCCUUUUUUUUUAUUUAAUCAUUUAAAAAAUAAAAAAAUGAUUAACACAACAACACAGAGAAAUAAUAUAAAAGAUGAGGAUUAUGAUCAGAACUUUAAUAUGAUUAAUAAAAAAUUUGCAACAAAUGGAGAUGAUAAUUUUAUAUCAAAUUUUUAUGAUAAUUAUAAAUUAAGCAAGUCAUUAAAUACACAUGAUGAAGAAAUAUAUAAAGGAGAACAUAAAAAGGUGUAUAUAUGGAAUAAAAAAAUUAUAAAAAUGAAGGAACGAAAAUAUAUUCAAAUGGAUUAUAAAUGGAACAGUAAAAGGGAUAAAAAUAAAUAUAUAAUAAAAAUAUAUAAAAAAAAUAAAUAUAUAAAAAUAUAUAAAAAAAAUAAAUAUAUAAAAAUAUAUAAAAAAAAUAACUAUGUAAAAAUAUAUAAAAAAAAUAAAUAUAUAAAAAUAUAUAAAAAUAAAUAUGACAAAAGAGAUUAUAGAAAGUUUUUAUAUUUAAAUAAGAAUAUUAAAAAUGGAGAUGUAAAAAAAUACAAAUCAUAUCAUGAGAGUGACACUUUAAAAUAUAAUAAGAUUAUAAGAAGGAAUAUGUUUUCUAUUAAGGAAGAAUGUGAAAAAAAGAAAAAAAAUUUGAAAAGUGAAAAAAAAUUGAAUGAUAUCUUUGAACAUAUAAGUAGAUAUACAAAUCGUAUUAGUAAAAAUAUAAAUAUAACAAAUAAGAAUAGAUAUGAUGAUUAUCCUUUCGAUUUUUUAUCAAAAGAUAAGAUUGAAUAUAUAUCAAUGUUAUGUCCAACUAUAAAUGAAAUAAAAACGUUGAAUAGUAUUCUUACUAUUCCACUUAUAAAAAUGAAUGAAUAUGAAAAGAAUUGUAUAUGGAGAUUUAGAUUUCAAUUAUUAAAUAGAAAAGAAACAUUAGGAAAAUUUUUAAAAUGUAUUAAUUGGAAUAAUAAAGAAGAAGAAGAAGAAGCUAUUAUAUUAUUAAAUAAGUGGGCAAAACCAAAUUUAGAGAAUUGUAUAGAAUUAUUUUAUUCUCAUUUACAUCAUUAUAUAAUUAAAAAAUAUAUUAUAGAUAUAAUAAAAAAUAGUAAAAAAGAACAAGUCAAAUUAUAUUUAUUUCAAUUAGUUCAGAGUUUAAGAACGUUUAAUUAUCAACAUAUAGAUAAUUUAUUUAUUAAUACAUUAAUAAACAAAUGUAUUAAAUCAAAAAAACUAUCUAUAUAUUUUCAUUGGUUUUUAUUAAGUGAAGCAAAAGAUAAAAUAAAAGGUAAAUUAUAUUUACAUAUACAUAAAUUAUUUAUUAAUAAAUUAAUGACAUCUAAUAAUAAAAAAAAUAAAAUUAUUCUAGAUAUAUUAAAAAUUCAAAAUAGAUUUCGUAAUCAAUUAUUAUACCUCACUAAAAUAGCUAAAAAUAAAACAGACAGAAUACAAAAUAAAACAAAAAAAGUAAGACAUUUUUUAUUUUAUUAUAGAACAAAUUAUGGAUAUAUAAAUAUUAAAGAAUUUAUAAAAAAUAAUAUUUUUAUAUCUGAUAAUAAUGUCUAUGAUUUUUUGCAUAUGUGUAAAAAAAAAAAUACAAAAUGUGUGAGUAAUCCUAUUGGGGUUCAUCAAAUUGGAAACGAAACGAUUAAGUGUAAGAUGAGUGGUCUAUCUAAAUUGAUAGAUCAAAAAAAUAUAUAUGGUGAUAAAAAAAAUAUAUAUGGUGAUAAAAAAAAUAUAUAUUGUGAUAAUAAAAAAAAAAUAUAUUGUGAUAAUAAUAAUAAUAAUAAUCAUAUCAGCUAUAAUGACCAUCUGAAUAAUUUAUCAUAUGAACACCUUAAUGAAGACACAUAUGAUAAUAAAAAGAAUAAAAAAAUAUAUAAUAAAGAUAUAUCUAAUUCUAUAUAUUAUUUAGACAAUGAUCUUACAAUAAAUUAUGAUAUAGAAAAUGAUUUAUAUUUUUUUCAAUAUAAAAAAAGUUGGAAUGCUAAAUUAGCAAGUUUAGAUGUAUGUAAUGAUUCUAAUGAUACGAUUAAUUAUAUUGAUGAUUCUAAGAAUGUAAAGAUAGAACGUAAUAGAGAUAAUUCUUUUUUUUCAAAUUUUUUACAAUUUAAUGAUAAUUUAGAUUUUUUUUUAAAUUCUACAUAUAGUGAUGAAGAUAAUAAUUAUGAAAUUUUAGAUGAUUCUAUAAAUAUUGUUUCUAAACAAAAAAUAAAAAAAAUUAAAACACCUUUAAUAUUACCUAUAGAUCCUAAUAUUGAAUUAUUAUCUUUCUUACCUGAACAAUCAUAUGUAUUACGUUCUUCUUUAUAUCCAAUAGUUAUUGCUUUCUUGGUUCGAAAAAAAAUUAAAUUAUAUAAUGAAAAUUAUAACAAUUUAAUAAUUAAUAAUCAUACAUUCUUUAAAAAUAAUCAAAAAAAAACAAAUAUAAUAACAAAUUUAUCCUAUAUUCAGUCAAACAAUGAGACAUAUAAUAAUUAUUACAACUCUCAAUUUAUUCUAACCUUACAAAAUACUUUUGAGAAUGCAAAAGAUUUUAAUUAUCAUUCUAAAUUCUUGAAAUGUGUAAAUAAUAAUAUUUUUUAUAAAAACAAAAAAAUUGAAAAAAUUAAAAAUAAUCAAAAUAUUCAAAAUAAUCAAAAUAUUCAAAAUAUUCAAAAUAUUCAAAAUAAUCAAUAUAUUCAAAAUAUUCAAAAUAUUCAAAAUAAUCAAAAUAUUGAAAAAAUUGAAAAAAUUGAAAAAAUUGAUUAUAUUGAAAAUAUAAAAACAAAUAGAACAACUCAGAAAUUUUCUUUUUCAAAUAAUUCCAAUCUAGAUGAUCAUGUCAAUGGUAAUACGAAUAACCACUCUGUUAAUAAUAAAGAGGGUGAUUACACAUAUAAUGAAGACAGACCAUCACGUCUUAGUAAUUCAUGUUUAAAUGAUAAUAAUAUGUCUUCAUAUAAUAAUAAUAAUAUUUGUUCAAGUGAUACUUGCCCUUUUGGAGGUAAAAAGUAUAAAGAUGAAAAAAAUAUGUUUCCAAAAAAGAAUAAUAAUAAAGAAAAAAAAAAAUAUAACGAAAUAUAUGAAUUGUCUAUAAAAAAAUAUAUCUAUAAAGCAGGUGAUGAUUUAAGACAAGAUCACUUAGUCAUACAAAUAAUAUAUGUUAUUGAUAAUAUAUGGAAACGAUAUGGUUUGGAUUUGAAAAUGACAUUAUAUAGAGUAUUAGCUUUAUCAACAGAUGAUGGUUUUAUAGAAUUUGUUGAUUAUGCUGAAUCAAUAUCAUCAAUUAAAAAAAAUUAUAAAGGAGAAAUCAGACAAUAUUUUAUAGAUAAUAGUACAUGCUCUACUUCACCUUUAGGGUUUGAUAUAGAAAUAUUACAAAAUUUUAUAUCUAGCUGUGCAGGUUAUAGUGUUAUUACAUAUAUAUUAGGUAUAGGUGAUAGACAUUUAGAUAAUUUAAUGGUAACAAAAGAUGGACGAUUUUUUCAUAUAGACUUUGGAUAUAUAUUUGGAGAAGACCCUAAACCUUUCUCGCCACCCAUGAAAUUAUGUAAAGAAAUGAUUGAAGCUAUGGGAGGAGCUCAUAGUAUAGGGUAUGAACAAUUUUUAAAAAAAUGUUGUCUAGCCUAUAAAUAUUUAAGAUAUCAUUCACAAUUAAUUAUAAGUUUAUUAGAUGCUAUGUGUGAUGCAGGAUUAAAAGAUAUGAAAAUGAGUCCAGAGUUAUGUGUCUUAAAAGUUCAAGAAAAAUUUAGACUUGAUCUAAACGAUGAAGCAGCAGAAAUUUAUUUUCUUAGUGUUAUCAAUGCAUCCGUUAAAACAUUAUUUCCAGUUGUUGUAGAUAAAUUACAUGAAUGGGCACUCAACUGGAAAUGA